AUGAUGCAACCAUUAGUCAAUAUUGCUGAUCGAAUUCGGACAUUCGUGUUACAAUUGAAUUUGUUUGAAGACGAAAGAACUCGCUUAGAUCAAUUUCAUUUACGCACUGCAAUCAUUUCCACGCGAGUCUAUGUGACUCUUCUCACGCUCGCCGUCAUCGUUGUUGUUGUCGCACUCACUUCAUUGGACACUCAAUCUGAAGUUAUCAUAAUUAGGAAUCCAUCUGAAGCGAAUUAUCAAACGUUGUUCAAGAAAAAUUUAACCCAACUAUUAUGUCCAUGCAGUCGUUUCACGAUUCCAUAUGGUAACUUUACUUCAACGACGAUCGCCUAUCAUCCUGUGUGUUCGAGCGUGUUCGUCACUAGUGAUUGGAUUCGUCAUUUUUUCAGUUCCGAUAUUGGAAAGUUAUACCAAGCUGAUUUUCGUGUGUUAGCUAGUAGUUAUUUUCAAUUACUUGCUGCACUUUGUUUCCAUGCUAAAAGAUCAGUUCAUGAUGCACUCGAUGAUUUUGACUCUGAAACUCUUAUUACUCCGUCUGUUUUCACACAGGACAAUCUUAAUAGUUACAUUCAAGAGAAAAGUAAAUUUUUGAGAUUAACAACAGAAAAAAAUCUUCUUCAAGUACUUCAGCUAGUGCUAACGACUACCCACGCCAAUUCAUUGCAAACAGCAAUACCCACAUCUCAAAUAAUAAAUAUAAUAGGUCACACCAUCCUGUAUGCAGAUAUCCUUUUUCAACUUAACCUUACGUUGACAUGCACGUGUUCUUCAAGAGGUGCUUGUUCUUUACCAUCUGGUUUCUUUGAUCUUCGCAAGAUACAAAUCGAAGCAUUUUUUCAUUUUCAGCUAUUACCCAUAUCUUAUGUACGUGGAAUGUUUGUUGGAUGUUCCGCAGCGGAUGCUCUACUGCAGUCAACGCUUGAAUGUUUGUUUGAUUGGUCAUGUCUCCAAACUAUACACAGAUUUGUUCCAUCUAGCAAUAUUACCGACGCGUCUCCUCUCGACACGAAUCAAACCCGCUUCACACCGAACACGUCCAUUGAAACAAUUGUCGAUAAUUUAUUUAUCGAAGCUUGGACAACGGAACAAUCAUUUUCCGAUUAUUAUGCACAGUGUGCUCCCAACUUGUGUACUUACACAUCAGUGCGACACAAUAAUGCAUUAUAUGUAAUAACAAAAUUUUUGGGCUUAUAUGGAGGACUGAGCGCCGCCCUUCGCCUGUGUAUUCCAUUUAUUAUUGAUAAAUGGCGCAAAAAAACACGCAACACGCUCACAGUACCUCGCCCUAGUGAGUAUCAAAAUUUAAAGAUUUUCAAAUUUAGUAAAUUUUCACCGAGCGGAAUUAUGUUUUCUAGUUAUUUCACAUACACAACACCUUCGGGCAAUAUGGCACUGGAUAAGGAUUAA